AGUCCCCUUGUACCCUGUUCCUUCCCCUGGAGUAAAGCCUCGCCUGGCUUCCCGGGUGUUCCCGCAGACCCCGCCAUGGGCAACACGAGUAGCGAGCGCGCCGCCAUGGAGCGGCACGGUGGCCAUAAGACGCCCCGGAGGGACAGCUCGGGGGGCGCCAAGGACGGGGACAGGCCCAAGAUCCUGAUGGACAGCCCUGAGGACGCCGACCUCUUCCACUCCGAGGAAAUCAAGGCUCCCGAGAAGGAGGAGUUCCUGGCCUGGCAGCACGAUCUGGAAGUGAACGACAAAGCCCCCGCCCAGGCUCGGCCAACUGUGUUCCGCUGGACCGGGGGUGGAAAGGAAGUGUAUUUAUCUGGGACCUUCAACAACUGGAGUAAACUUCCCCUCACCAGAAGCCACAAUAACUUUGUAGCCAUCUUAGAUCUGCCCGAAGGGGAGCAUCAGUACAAGUUCUUUGUGGACGGCCAGUGGACACACGACCCUUCUGAGCCAGUAGUAACCAGCCAGAUGGGCACAGUUAACAACAUCAUUCAAGUGAAGAAAACGGACUUUGAAGUUUUUGAUGCUUUAAUGGUGGAUUCACAAAAGUGCUCCGAUGUGUCUGAGCUUUCCAGCUCCCCACCAGGGCCCUACCACCAGGACCCCUAUGUUUCCAAACCCGAAGAGCGCUUUAAAGCGCCCCCCAUCCUUCCGCCGCACCUGCUCCAAGUCAUCCUGAACAAGGACACGGGGAUCUCGUGUGACCCAGCCUUGCUCCCUGAGCCCAAUCACGUCAUGCUGAACCACCUCUAUGCCCUUUCUAUCAAGGAUGGCGUGAUGGUGCUCAGUGCCACGCAUCGGUACAAGAAGAAGUACGUCACCACUUUGCUCUACAAGCCCAUAUGAAGAGCAGGGAGCAGACCAUGGGCCACAGGGGAAGCAUUGCCACCACCAGGCUCCACCGUGCAUGCUUU